AUGUUGAUCUCUUUAUCAUCAGCAUUAACUACUACAUCUACAAUUGGAAUAUGGUCAUCUGUCUCGGGAUGUACGAUUAAACGAAAUCGAGAUGGUGGUAGUAGUAUUGUAGAUAUACAACAUCAACGAAUAAAUUCGAUUAAUUUAACAUGUAAUCGUACGGGAAGUUAUAUUUUGGUUAGAAAUACAACAUUUGGUGUUCAUUCAUCACCCGUAACUUCGAAAGGAGAACAAUGUUUAUUUAAAAAAGGCGAUUGUACAAUAAGAACAACACAUAUUGGAACAGAAUGUAAUGGAUUACAACAAUGUGAUUUAGAUCUUGAUCCACAAUAUCUUCAUACAUGUAGUCAAUACAGUGAUUAUGUUGUGUUAGAUUAUGCAUGUUUGAGUGGUCCAAGUAUAUCUGUAUGUGAUAAUAAUCAACUAUCAAGUACAAAUCAUAUUUAUUUAACAAGUCCGAGUUAUCCACAAGAAUAUAAUAAUUCAUUAAAUUGUUCAUGCGAUGUUGAAUUUAAUAAGAACAAAACAACAACGGGUUUAACAAUCGGCUUUUUAGAUUUUUUUCUUGAAGAACGCGAUGAAUCCGAUUUAUGUACGCGUGACUCAUUAACUCUUAAUAAUCGUUCUCUAUGUGGAAAUAUUAACGAUUUAGCAACACCAAAUGAUCACGAUGCAUUCAUACCACCAAUGUCACAGAUAUUCAACACAAUGUAAGUCAUCGAACUUAUCUAAUUAUUUUCCUAGUAUGAAUAAAGCCGUAAAUUUCAGUUGUUUCUUGAUCAUGAAAGAUGCGUAUAGAAAAAGUGUUACAGUACUCCGCAAAAGUAGCGACAUCCCUGUAACUCAAGAACCAUUAUAGCUAGGGACUUCUAAUUUUGUGUAGUCAUAGCUCUUACCGAAUGGUGAUCACCCACCAAGUUUGAGCCUCGUUUAGUGGAUGGUUCGUGAGAUAUGAGCGAUUUCUUUCUUUUCCGUAAAGUAUCAAUAGCUCCUGACCUAAGGGAGAUUAAAACUUUUUCUUUUUAUUAAAAUGUAGCCACGACUCUACUCUAUCUACGACAUAAAUUUCGUGAGUUGAUUGUUAGUAGUCGGUGAAAUACAACUAUUUUACGGGCUAGGAUCGCUUUUUUUUUGUUGAAAAUUCGAGGCCCUUUGCGAAAAAAUUUCACAACUCAGUUUAGAAGCAUCAUUUUGACUUCAUAUUCGUACCAAAGACUCUACGGUGUCUGUAGAUUAUCUAGUCAACGUAUGAAGGUUAACUAUUGUGUAGUUCGGAAAAUUUAUUGAGAAUGAACAUCCACGAUUGAAACAUACGCAGAAGAACGAGAGUGAGAAACUAAAGGUCACUCUUUCUAUUACACAAUCUGCAUUCAAUGUACAUCAUAAUCAUGAAAAAAUAACCAUAGAAACCUAUGGUUUCGAAAAACGUAUGUGAAACUUUUAUCAGAAAGAUUAGACACUUACAUCUGACCUUCGCCAUUCCACUUAUUUUGCGCCCUUUUCACUUCCCUUAUAUUUUCAAGCAAAACUAAUAACAUAUUUGAGAUCAGCGAACAAAACUGGGUCGAAUAGCAUACUUAACAUUCGGUUUUUGAACAAAGACAUUUUAUUGAAAAUUUUCUCUCUAGGUUAACGGUAAGUGUGUAAUCUUUCUGAUAAAAGUUUCACGUACGUUUUUCGAAACCAUAGGUUUCUAUGGUCAUUUUUUCAUGAUUAUGAUGUACAUUGAAUGCAGAUUGUGUAAUAGAAAGAGUGACCUUUAGUUUCUCACUCUCGUUCUUCUGCGUAUGUUUCAAUCGUGGAUGUUCAUUCUCAAUAAAUUUUCCG